GGCACCAAACUUCAGAGUGGCGUUCGUUGGAGAGUGUUCUUAAAGAUUUGUGUUUAGUUUCCCACUUUUCCCUUGAUUGCUACCGGUAUGUUUUCAAUUUUGUUCGGAUUGGUGUGUUUUUCUGCACCGGGCUCGGGUCAACAACCGAGCAUCCAGGCUGACGAUGGGAAGCGGUACAUCUGCCGGGCAGUACCCCUCAGCGGCGAUGCCAGUUGCCCUGUGACGUUAUUACCGGAGCUGACCGUCGGGAGUCAAGAAGAGGAGCUCAGAAACACCGUCAUGCAGCUGCGAGAGACGAUUUUACUGCAGAAAGAAACGAUUUCCAAACAGAUUGGCACAAUCAACGAGUUAACCACCAAGCUGUCCCUCUGCGCAUCAGCCACCGACGAUAGGAAGUACGACAAGGGUGGCUCCUGGGGCAAAGAAAAGCAAAACACCAUGGGUGAUGUUCCCAGAGACCCCAAUGGCACCAUUGACAGUCUUGGGAAAACCAUGCAAGGGCUGAAGGACCGGUUGGAGAACCUGGAGCAACAGCAGAUGCGGGCCAACAUAUCAGGCGCCUCCUUCCCCACUGAGCUGCGCGACCUGCUGCAGCGUCGCCUCGGGGAGCUGGAGAAGCAGCUCCUGAGGAAAGUCAGCAACCUGGAGGAGGAGAAGAGCAUGUUGUCCAACGCCACGGCCGCCUACAGGCUGAAGACAGAGAGUACGCUGAACGCCCUGGUGGAGCGGAUCAGUGAGCUGGAGAAAGGGGGAGGAGAUUUCAUGUCCCCUGAGCAGUUUAAGGUUUCCCUCCCCCAGCGGACCAACUACCUGUACGGCCGCAUCACCAAGAGCCUGCCAGAGAUGUACGCCUUCACACUCUGCAUGUGGAUCAAGUCCAGCGCCCUGCCCGGCAUAGGGACACCCUUCUCGUACGGGGUGCCGGGGCAAGCGAAUGAAAUUGUGCUGAUCGAGUGGGGCAACAACCCAAUAGAGCUUCUCAUCAACGACAAGGUGGCCCAACUGCCUUUGGAGGUACGCGACGGAAGGUGGCACCACAUCUGCAUCUGCUGGACGACACGAGACGGCCAGUGGGAGGCUUACCAGAAUGGAGAGAAGCUGGGAAACGGUGACAACCUAGCAGCCUGGCACCCCAUCAAACCAGGGGGAGUCAUCAUCCUGGGGCAGGAGCAGGACGUGGUGGGCGGGCGCUUUGAUGCCGGACAGGCCUUCGUGGGCGAGCUGAGUCAGGUGAACAUUUGGGACCGCGUUCUCAAGCCUGUCGAGAUCCAGUCGAUGGCCAACUGCAGCUCUUACAUCCCGGGGAACGUGAUCUCCUGGCUGGCAAGCAACGUCGAAGUUUUCGGGAGGGGGGCAUUCAAAAGGCCUCUGGAGGUGUGUCAGGAGCGGCUCCCCAACGCUUAACUUCUUCUCCUUUGAUUAACUGAUGUUUCCAUCCAUUCAGCAUUUGUUAUUAAUGUCUUCUCAUACUGUGAGGAGGCUUUACAGACUUUAUGUUAUACAUGGAUGUGUAACAGUGUUGUUUUAUCUGCUUUGCACAGAGAUACUGUAUAUUUAGUGUUAGGAUUUCUGAAAAAUGAAAUGCUUGCAUACCCAUGUCAGUUUUCGACAUUUUGACAAUCGUAUCUGUGACGUUGAAUGUGGGAACACACCAAAGUGCAAAUUGUAAUGUGAUUAAGGUACUUUAAAAACGUCCACGCCGUAGCAGAUAGGUCCCCUCAGGUAUUAACACCCAACCCCCUCCCUCCAUGCACCGUCCAAAGCCAUGAAAAUCCAAGCCAGACGCACGCAGGUCCUGCGACUACUACAAGUACGCUGAGGUCCAGACUAUAGCUGACAGUUUGGCAUGAGCAUGUGAGCUGGCGUUUGCGUGCACUGUGUGGGAGGGAAGAUUAACAGGUCUUGCUAAUGUUAUGUCUCCAUCUUAACUAGGAAAUGGGCUUAGAGCCAACUUCAAUCAAGCCUCUGAUCCUGACGUGUUCACUCAGUCAUUUUUAAGGGGGAAUGUUGGUGGACGAAUGCUAUUUUGCACUUUAUCUGUGUCGUGGCACUUGUUGGAGCAUUUGUGCAAUAGACUCAGUUAAAGAAACACUAAUGUUCAUUUUCUGGCUCAUUAGAGAAAACCUCAGCUCAUUGAAAAGCUUUAUUCUUUCCAUGUGGAACUGAUGCCAGUGAUACUAGUGAGUCUGUCACUGUGCU